CUGGAAUGGUGGCCUUUCAACAAAAGCCCUCUCCACAAAACAAUGUCGUGUUCCUGUGUUUCGGUUUUGAAAUAUACAUUGGUUGGAUAUACUGUUUCUGUAUAAAUGGCUCUUUUUCAUUUGCUUGACUGCAUUUACAACAAUCAGAAGUGACGCAUUUCAGACUAAAAGGCAGAUGUUUUGAGCUUUAGAUUUAAAAACACCCUAAGGAUUUGUAGAAUAUUUUCGAAGGAUCUAAUUUUUGCCCUGUCAUUUCUGCAAAGAGGUCAACAGACAGCCGGAUGUCUUUCUCCAAUCAUAAUGCUUCCUGUUGCUGAACUUGCUGUGGCAUUCCGGGUUGUAACAUCUUUGCCAGUGAAGUUGGAGGAACACACCAUGCUAGAACUUUACCUAUAUUUAGUCAUGUUGGGACUAACCGGCACUGGAAAACAAAUGCUGGCAAUGGGCGGGUCUGCUCAUCAGAUCUCCAGGCAUUCAACACAUGAGAUUAUAAUUCCGCGAAGACUGAUAGACAGGGAGAAGCGCUGGACACUUUUUCAUGAGGAACAUUCAGAUAACCAACUGUCUUAUUUGAUUCAAACUGGAAAUGGAACACAUAUUCUGAAGCUAAAGAAAAAUAAAAACCUCUUUGGUGAAAAUUUCAGAAGAUAUACCUACAGCAAAGAUGGUAAAUUGGAAACCACUCCCUUUGAAGCUAAGAACCACUGUUAUUACCAUGGCGUUGUCAAAGGGGUUGAGGACUCCCUGCUUGCUCUCAGUACCUGUGAUGGGCUUAGGGGAAUCCUCCAUAUUGUUGGCAAGAGGUUUGGCUUGGAGCCAGUCAUUGGAUCAGAUAAAUUUGAGCACUUCUUCUAUGCAUUAGAAAAUUCUCACCAAGACCCCUUUUUCUGUGGAGUGCCAAACAACGACCCAUAUGACGAGCAGAGCACAGAGACUUUUUUGAAAUAUACAAAUAUAUCACAUAGUGCCUUCAGUAAAGAUACAAUUUUAAGGAGAAAACGAGCUGUGCUGCCAGACAAAAGAUAUGUUGAACUGUAUAUGGUUGCUGAUAAAAACAGGUAUUUGCUGAAAAAAUCUGAUGCUGAAGCUGUAGAAAAGGAAACGGUUGAAAUGGCUAAUUAUAUAGAUGGGAUGUUCAGUCCAUUAAACAUACAAGUUGUCCUAGUUGGGGUGGAAAUAUGGACAAACGAAAACCCCAUAGAUGUGGAUAAUGGUUCAGCUGGAGAUGUGGUGGGCAGAUUUGUGAAAUGGAGACAGAAUAACCUUGUGGGGAGAAAAAGAAAUGACAUUAGCCACCUCAUCAUAGGGAGAGGACCUUAUGGUUCAGCAGUUGGAAUGGCUUUUGUUGGGACAGUCUGUAGUCCAGAUUUUGGAGGGUCAAUCAGCGCUUUUAAUCAUGAUUCCGUGCUAUAUCAAGCUACAAUUGUUGCACAUGAGCUGGGACAUAAUCUGGGUAUGAACCAUGAUGACAAAAAUUGCCCAGGUAGCUACAUUAUGCACAGUUCAGCUAAUGGGUCUAAGAACUUCAGUAGCUGCAGCUCCAAUGAUUUUGAGCGCCUCAUCUUGAGUGGGAGAGGAACCUGUCUUAGAAAUGCUCCAAAACCAAGUGAUAUUUUCACAGAUCCUGUCUGUGGCAAUAACGUUGUGGAUAAGAAUGAAGAAUGUGAUUGUGGCACUCCAAAUGAGUGUACCAACCCUUGUUGUGAUGCUGCCACCUGCAGACUAACAUCCGGAUCAGAGUGUGCUGAAGGACUGUGCUGUGAAAAGUGUCAGUUCAAAGUAGCAGGAAUGGACUGCAGGCCAAAAAGGAAUGUCUGUGAUCUCCCUGAAUAUUGCAAUGGGAGCUAUCCUGACUGCCCAGAAGAUGUGUAUAUCAUGGAUGGCUACCAGUGUAACAAUAUGAAAGCAUACUGCUAUAAUGGAGUCUGUCAGAAUUAUGAUUCCCAGUGUGAAUACCUCUUCGGAAAAGGAGCAAAAAAAGGACCAAACAUUUGUUUUGAAAGAGCCAAUAGCAGAGGAGACGGUUUGGGCAAUUGUGGAAUGUCAGGAGGAGGUUUUGUUAAAUGUACCCAAGCUAAUAGUCUGUGUGGCACAAUUCACUGUACAUCUGUCAGUCCAGAGAAUCUUCCAUCCCAGUUUUAUGUCCAGAAUCAAGAUGGUAUUUCAUGUGUGACUGCUGAAUUUAACCAAGGGUCAGAUUUUCCUGAUCCAGCUCUGGUUAACAGAGGCACAGCUUGCGCAGAAGGGAAGGCCUGUGUCAACUCCAAGUGUGUGAACGCAACUCAGCUUGGUUACAACUGUGAUGUAAAGGGAAAAUGUAAUGACCGUGCAGUAUGUAACAACAAUGGCAAUUGCCAUUGUGAUCCUGGAUGGGCACCUCCUUUUUGUGACAAAUCUGGUUAUGGUGGCAGCAUUGACAGUGGCCCAACUCAUAUAGAUACAUCACUUCGAGAUGGGCUGCUUGUGUUUUUUCUGCUUGUAUUGCCUGUGCUAAUUCUAGUUGUGGUUGCAUUUAUCAAAAGGGAUGCAAUUAUGUGGCGUCUCUGCAGAGAAAGGAGAAGACAACAGAGGGCUAGAGAGGCACAGCUAGCGAGACAGAAUAACACUGCAAACAGACCACAGCCUAAUGAAGUCAAUAACAGGCGGCCGGCAACAUUAAAUUCUGCAAUGUUUACAAUAUCUCACUUUCCUGCUCCAAGGCCACCUGCACAAAGACCUCCUUUACGGCCACCAAUUCCAAGCAGACCUGUUUUCUCAAAUGAAUUAUCAAAGAUUUAGAUCAACACCUUGAGUAUACCCCGGGGGGUGGGAUUACAAUGCUAAAACCAAUGAAAUGUUUUUAAAGUAUUAUUUUUUUUAUCACUAUACAAGUAAAGACCUCAUUUUAAUUUCUAAAAGACUGCUAACAUUUAAGUAAAGAAUAACUUGAAUUUUGUUUCUCAAUCAAUAUAGGUCAGUAAGAUAAGACUGUCUUAGUUAUUUGAUUACUGGAUACUGCUUGUGUUAGCCAUAUUGUCCUCAGAACAAUGGAUAAGGCCUCCCCCUGCUCCCCAACACUAGUUGUGACAUUAAACAUGCCAUUAGAAACCCUGUCAGGUUUUAAAAAUUUAAUAGCAGGCAUGGUGUGUGUGUGUGUGUGUGUGUGUGUGUGUGUGUGUGUGAUUUUCAUUGGGAUUGCAGCACAUGAGGAGAGGUUUGACCCUUUCUUCCCCAGCCAUGAUUCCGAGGAAAAUAGCACCCCUAUGGGACUAUUAGUUGCCUUGAGCUAAUAUAUCAAAUGAAUAAAAUAAUACUAGCCUUGGGGGGGAAAGCUUCCAUUUGUGCUGAUGGGAAUUCCUCCUUACCCCCACCCCUCCAAGGCUAAUAACCAUGGGUGGAGGUGAUUUUUGUUGGAAUCAUGGUUGAGGAAGGAAAGGUUUGACCUGUCCUCUCGCCUCCCCCCAUACACACCCACACUGUGAGAGCAAUGAAAAUGGUGGGGGGCGCACACCUGCUGUCAAAAUCUGUCUUGGUUUCUAAUGGCAUGCUUAGCAUUAUGUCUAGUUUGAUCCUGGUUUUUUUUACAUAAACAAUUGUUCCUUUUAAUUCAGCUGCUCUAAAUAUAAACAAAAAAUGUGAAUGAUAUAUAAUGAAGGGGUGGAGGGGAACCUUGAGACUGAUUAUAUAAAUAAAUCAGUCAAAGAGGCAAUGGCUGUUUUAGCACUUUUCCAAUGCAAUUUCAACAAGGGGUGAUCAAUGGAGUAAAAUAGGUAUCCAUAGAUAGAUUGCUCUUCCGGAUCAGGAGCUUGCAAAGAAAAAGAAACAGCCUGGGGUUGGUGGAAUAUUUUCAUACACCCUGCAUGUAUCAUCUGUCACAUGGUUGGCAACGUCAGCUUUAACGUUGCUAAUGUGACAGCGGAAGUGAGCCAAUUCCAAUCCCCCCUCUUCCUCAGUAGAUGAUUUGCAAUCCCAAAGCUCACCACUGUGUGAGCAUCGGUACACUGAAGUACAGCCCACCUGCUGCACUGAAGAAUUGGAGGACUGCAGCUACUUGUGGGUUAGCCAUUCAUACUUUUGAGUGAUUAAUUUACAAGUGUUUUUGUAUCUCUGUUAGACAGAUAUUUCUAAAACUUCUUUCAUGUUAUAAGACAAACAGAUAAUAGUUUUAUAUGCUUGAUUUUACACUGAAAUGGGCAAAGCACUUAUAGAUGGAUGACCUGGUGUCUUCCAUUCCUGUAUUCUAGUCCUGUGAAAACUCUGAAUCCUCAUUAACUGCUUUAAAUGUAUAAUAGUUUAGUUCUUGGUGGCAGUAUUGUACUAAGGUGAGGCAGAGAUUAUAUAUUAUAUUAAAUCUGUAGUAUAUAGCUGCUGCUUCUACUUUUUACUUACUCUCAACUAAGCAUGCAGGGCCCCAAUCCAGAUCGGGACCACUGAAUGUGGGGAGGGGAGGAUUAAACCUUUCCUCUCAGCCACUUCCCAAAUUGGGGUUUUAAUUGGCCAAUGGAAGCUUUUAACCUUGCUUUGGAGACUUUUUAAAAACUGUGAGGGAAAAGGCAAAUAUUGGGAGGGAAGCUUUAAACCUUCCUGUGUGUGGUAAUCUGUAUUGGGGUCCCACAAGCUUACUUGUCAGUGAGGUAAAAGGAGAGGGGCAGCUGUAUGCUGUAGAGUUAAUGUAUUGUGUAGUUUGGCCCCAAAUUGUACCUCUACGUACCCCUUCUAUAGUGCCUUUAUUUAGCAAGUGAAGACUGUAUAGUUUACUGUGAGAAUCAGGAAACCAUUUCUAAGGGCAUUCAUCUGAAUAAAUAAUGGUAUUUUUCUCACUCUACCUGGGCAAUCGUAUGUAUGUUUACUUAGAAGUAAGUACUACUGGGUUAAAUGGGCUUAUUCACAAGCAGGUUUGUAUAGGAUUGUAGCCUAAGAUACAUUUGAUAAAAAUGUAACAAUUUGAUAAAAUGUAACAAUGAUAAAGUGUCACAAUGGGCCUGUUCAGACUACACCCUGAUAGCUCCAUCCGACAAGUAUUUUAUUGGGCACUCAAGGAUUCCUCGGAAGUAGCUCACAUGACGUCGUCUGCCUCUCUCGUGCCUUCCGGUCUUCCUUGCAUCACAAGAAAACUGAAGUUGCUGCUCUCUCCUGCUGUGUGUGGGAGAAGCAGCAUGUUCACAAUGAGGGACUGAAUGGCCCUUGUGCACUUUGUUUACUUCCUGUUUGAAAACAGGAAGUAACUGAAUGUCCACGGAGAAGCGACAGUAGCCAGUGUUAGCUAGCGUUUCUUCCAAGUUGUGAUGGAGCUUUAAGCCAUGGUUAGGCCACUAACCCUUUUGCAGCAAAUCAUUAGUGAGUCUGUUUAAACUGUGGGUAGGUAGCCACCAUGGUUAGGAAUGGUACACACAACACGCUAAGUCAUGGUUUACAUGGCACAUUAAGCCAUAAUGUUUAGCUCAAAACACUUAACCACUGUGGCUUAGCGGGUCCUCUGAACAGGGUCUAUGUAUGCUGAUAUCUAAUCCUACAACAUUUCAGGAUCAUUAGGGUAAAACUCAGAAGAUCAUUUGUAGCACUCAUUAUUCAUUAAACUAUAAAACUGACACAUUUCUAGCACUCCUCAAGGCAUGUAUGGCAGAAGAGUAUGUAGCGGGACUGUUUCCUACUGAUUCACCAAGUAACUGAUUGAAGAAUAAUCACCUUGUGGUGAGGCAGAAGGAAUAUGUAUCCUUACAAUGUUGCAUCCACCUUAAACAAAUCACCAAAAUCAUUAUGUCUACUAAUUAUAAUUAUUGCUUGUAUGUAUGAUGUGAAGGAGAUGAAUAUUUUGUAAAUGCAAGAAUGGAAAACGGUUGUUGAAGUAGUAUAUGGAUUUUCCUUAUUUAAGUUUUGGAAUGCACACAGUAUGUAUUACUAACUAGUUACGGGCAUAGGCCUGCCCUGUGCCAAUAUCUUCUAUCCAAAGAUCAUUUAAAAGGUUUUGGAAAAGUUUUAAUAGCAAAUCUUAUUUGUAUCACUAUGUAUAAUAACAAAAGGAUAGUAUAAUGUUGCAUACGAAGGAUGUGAAAGAAUUUACUUUUAUUUUUUAUGUGGCUUGAAUGUUGCUGUUUCUAUAAUGGUACUUCUCCCCCUUCCUUGCAAACUUCAAAAAGUUUAUUUGUAUUACUAAUUCAGGGAACAAGAGGUACCAACAAGAUGAAAGUCAAUUGCUAUUCUAAAAGCAUUUUUGCUCCAUUUGGCUGCUUCAUAGAAUACAAUCUUCUUACGUGAAAAAGAUCCAAGCACAAAAUGAUUGUAAUGUUUACAUGUCUGAGAAAUUCUAUAUUUACAUUUUAGCUUGAUUUUCUAAGAUUGACGCUAAGGUAUAGAGAAUCAAGAAGGAAUCAAACUUAUGACGGUACUGUUUUAUCACUAGAUUUUCUAAUAUAUAACCAUUUUACUUGCAGUUUUACAUAAAUCACCGGUAAAAAUAUUUGUUACUACAUUAUCUUAUUUUUAAAUGACAAACUCUGUGAACUAUUUUAUAUAAAAAAAUAAAAAAUCUUGCUAUUUAAA